UAUAAAUUCUGCUCUCACUUAACGCAGACGUGUAUUUUGUUGUUGUAUCACUGAAAACAAAAAAAAAAACUCAUUCGGAAAAAAUCAACAGAAGGAAUUUGUUAAACUAGAGAAAAUCAACAGCAUUUUUAUACUUUUAUAUAAAGAAAGAAAAGCACUGGACACACACCCUAGCAUACACACAAACAGCAUCUAGACAAAAUGACUGAUAUGAAGAAUGAAUUGGACAGCGAUUUGGACCAGAAUUAUUCACUCAACAGCAAUGCAGAUCCCAAAAAUAUGCAGGAAUUAACGAUUUAUGUUCAAAAUCUUUUGCAAAAUGUCCAGGACAAAUUUCAAACAAUGUCCGAUCAGAUAAUAACACGCAUCGAUGAUAUGGGCAACCGGAUAGAUGAUUUGGAAAAAAGCAUUGCCGAUCUUAUGAAUCAGGCCGGCGUUGAGGGUCCAGAGAAAUAAGAUCCAAAGAUAUUAGGAGGCAAUAAAACGAACUCCUAGGGCGAAAUGAAACGCAAAUGCAGGAUGCUCAAACCAACAAAAAGAACCACAACCAAUAAAGAAAUAUCAAAAGAUCCCAACUCUUUACAACUAGCAUAGGAGUACAUGUGUAAUCUUCUCUCCUCUCCAAAAAAAAACAGAACCAUAAAACCCAUAACGAUCCCUAACAACUUGAAUGCACACCUAAUCAUUAAAUCAUAUAACAUUGGUUUUCCUAUUCGUAAAUAUCUUCUAUUCUGUUAUCUUCCACUUCCUUCUGCUUUCCUUUUUUUUUUAUUUUUCUUAUCGUAAGCGUAUAUUUAGUUCAGUUUAGUAUAAUUAUUAUAAAAUUUACCCUUUUUUUAAGAAUAAUUAAGAAAUUGAAUUUUGUAAUUAACACAAAACUGAGUAUAUAUGUAUGAUGGUUACCACAUGUUUGAGAGGUUUUUUUU